AUGCCUCUUCUUCACACACUUGCUGUUGCCACUUCGACAGUAACAACUGCUGCUCACGCUGCUAGUGCUGCUUCUGGUGCUGCUAUUGCUCUACGAAAGAACAUUGGUUUUGAUGGUUGCAUCAGGGUAUCAGGGGAGGAGGCGGGGAGAGAGGAGGGUGUUGAGACGGUGUUGUGCAUAGAGAGUGGUGUGGAGCUGCCUCCAGCAGGCGACACUGCUAGUGAGGCUUGCAGAGCCAUUUGGAUUGGAGCAGUGAAAGAUGUUGGACCUCGUCCCGUGAUAAUGUUCUCCACCUCAACUGACCAACACAACUCAACUCAAGUCAACACAAGUCAACUUAAGUCAACUCAAUUCUUGUUGCCUACGCCAUACCACUGUUGUCAGUGAGGUGGCGGCUUUGGUAAAGCAGGCGAGACAUGCGCUCACGUGCCUGACGCACACCUUACACCUCACCAAGUGCAAGUGAGAGUGGUGGAGCAAGUCUACUUUCCUGGAAGCUGUGUUUUAGAGCACGGCACUGUGGUGCGAGGCUCUUCUGACCGAUCAACUCGCAACCACACUUGCACUGCAGCAACAACUGAAUACCGUGGUGAGGGAGUUAUAAAUGUGGGAGAAGUGGUGUGCGCCGUCAUGCAGUGCGUUGGCGUUAUCAACGAAAGUGUUUGGUGCACAUCCACUCGCCUCCACAGGACACUCUCACAUGGGCAUGUAGAGGUGUGUGUGUGUGUGUGCAGAAAAGAGUCGCGCAUUCCUCAUCUCGUGAUUCGAAUGCUGUGCAGUCGAGCCGAGGCGAUUGCAUCAGUCCUUAGUUGCCUUCGUGAGCACUUGGAGGUAGCCGAACCUGCACACUGUUCCUCGCCUCUACGUCAAACUGCAAGGCAGACACGACUGGCGGUCAAUGACUUGACACACAUCUCCACUUGUCACAUUGCCAACAAAAGCGGAGCAGCUGCUAUUUCCUUUCCCUCAUGA